AAGAAUACACACAGACACUGAACAUGCAUCACCUGACUUGACAGUAAAGGAGAUUCUCCUCUUAGAUUGAGUAGCUCUCUCUCUUCCUCUGCAACAAUGUGGAACCGAAGCAAAACAAGUCUUUGGACCACCCCCUCACCACCUUUAAUUCCACUCUAUCUAGCCUUCUUGCUAAACCACCUGACCAGCGCCGUCGCCCGUGCCACCCCGUCUCCUUACACACCGACCGAUAAUAUUCUCCUCGACUGUGCCUCCUCUGAGAAUUCAACUGCAUUAGACGGUCGGCUCUGGAUUGGAGACGUGAAUCCAGAAUUCUUCCCCCUUGAACAUUCACAAAACCAGGCCUCUCUAACCACCAGAGCUGUUCCACAAUCCCCCGUUGCCACCCAAGUACCCUACGCCACUGCCCGGCUCUCGCUCUCCCCAUUUACCUACCUGUUCCGAGUCACUGCCGGCCAAAAAUUCAUUCGACUUUACUUCUACCCUAAUUCGUACCCCAACUUUGAUCGCUUUAAAGCCCUCUUCUCUGUCAAAGCUGGUAGUUUUACUCUUCUCAAUAACUUUAACGCUUCACUCACAGCAGAUGCCGAUGAUGAUCCCGGGGAUACCAUAUUCAGAGAGUACUGUGUCAACAUUGAGGAGGGUCAGAGGUUGAACAUAACCUUCACCCCGAGCGCUGCUAAUGCAUAUGCUCUUGUCAACGGAAUCGAAAUCUUGUCGAUGCCUUCCAAUCUCUAUUACACUUCGUCUGACAAAGGGCUUUUUUUUGUCGGCCAGUACAACCAGUUCUACAUCGAUAACAACACUACUCUCGAGAUGGUAUAUAGACUAAACGUUGGAGGCCGCUCCAUCUCAGCUUAUGAAGACACUGGCAUGUUCCGGCGCUGGAAUCAGGACGACAAUUACUUCUUUGCGUUUGAACAAUCUGUUGUAAUUGCUAACACAAGUAUUGAGCUAAAGUAUACUAAGGUACCUCCGUACACUGCACCAGAUGAAGUCUAUACUACUGCCCGGGCAAUGGGACCUAACAAAACUCUCAACAAGAUGCACAAUCUCAACUGGGAAUUGCCCGUAGACUCUGGGUUCAAUUACCUUGUUAGGCUACAUUUCUGCGAGUUUCAAUCAGAAAUUACUCAGCAACAUGAAAGAGAGUUCCUUAUUUUCAUAGCAAAUCAAAAGGUUGAGCCAGCAGCCGAUGUGAUUUACUGGAGCGGUGGAAAUGGUGUUCCGGUAUAUAGAGACUACGUCGUUUCGAUGUUUGACAAAGAAGGAGUGAAGAAAAUGAACCUCUCUAUCGGAUUACAAGCAAACCCGCAAGACUGGAUGACUGUUUACACUGAUACAAUCUUGAAUGGUGUCGAAAUCUUUAAAGUAAGCACCUGCAGUCUCGCCGGACCCAAUCCCGACCCACUUCCUUUGGGCCCUAUAACAGUUGUGCCACUAACACCACCGACGAAGUCCAAGAAUAACAGAAGAAAUAUAGUUGCCGUCGUUGGUGGUGGAGUUUCCGGCAUUGUUGUGCCGACAAUUCUCGGCUUCUUGAUUUUCUGGUGGCGCAAAAAUGUCAAGGACUCUACAGAGACCGGUAACUCAUCUCUACCAUCCGAUCUGUGUCGUUACUUGUCAUUGGCUGAGAUCAGAGCAACCACUAACGACUUUGACGAUGAUCUCAUUGUUGGUAAUGGGGGGUUCGGCAACGUGUACAAAGGCUACAUUGAUGACGGAACCACCCCAGUGGCGAUCAAGCGAUUGACAUCCGGUUCUAAACAGGGGGCCCAUGAGUUCCAGACUGAGAUUGAGAUGCUCUCCCAGCUCCGCUACCUCCAUCUCGUUUCUUUGAUCGGAUAUUGUGACGAUGGCGAUGAGAUGAUCCUUGUCUAUGAUUACAUGGCCCGUGGGACUCUUCGUGAUCAUUUGUACAACACCGAUAAUCCUCCUCUUCCGUGGAAGCAACGACUCGAAAUCAGUAUUGGUGCUGCGCGUGCAUUGAAGUACCUUCAUACCGGCGCGAAGCAAAUGAUCAUUCAUCGUGACGUCAAGACAACAAAUAUUUUAUUGGAUGAGAAUUGGGUGGCCAAAGUGUCCGAUUUUGGCUUGUCCAAAGUAGGCCCCUCUGGAAUGUCCAAAACCCAUGUAAGCACUGUGGUCAAGGGUAGUUUUGGGUAUUUGGACCCAGAAUAUUACAAACGUCAACAAUUGACUGAGAAGUCUGACGUGUACUCAUUUGGUGUGGUUUUGUGUGAAGUAUUGUGUGCAAGGCCGCCCAUAAUACGUACUACAGAAACAGCAAUGAGCCUAGCGAGGUGGGCGCGAGAAAGUUACGGCAAUGGAAAGUUCGAGGAGAUGGUUGAUCCAUCAAUAAAGGGUGAAAUAGGGAUUCGGUGCUUGAAGAAAUUUGUUGAGGUCGCGAUGAAUUGUUUACUUGACAACGGAAUCGAACGGCCAUCAAUGGAUGAUGUGUUGGGGGGCCUUGAGUUCGCAUUGCAAUUGCAAGAGAGUGCAGACGAAGAUGUCGGGCUUAAUGCGGUUGAAAUUGAGGCACUGGAUAAUGAGAAAGGUCUCUUCCCCAAGUCUACACUUGAUGACUGUGAUGACAUGUCUAGUAGCAGCGGUGGACAAGUGUCAAGUACAAAUAGCAACAGCAGGGUGACAAUAAUGACCAGUGGAGAGCAAAGUUCUGCCAGUACCAAUAAGGAUUCGGGCAAACUGAUGUCCUCUGGGACAAUAUUUUCUGGGAUUGUGAAUCGUAGCGGUCUGUGAAAGAAGAUGGUAACUGAAUUUUUAUUAUGACUUAUUUGAAGUCAUAUUGGGGACCCGGAUAAGGUUUGCCAGCAGUUCAUUCUAUUUCAUGACUGAAGCAAGAUGAUAGUGUUAGUGCAUGCAUGAUGCAUCUAAUUGAACCACGUCUAAAGUUGUAAAUUAUUGGGUUCUUCUUGACUUGGCUUUUGUGAUAAUUUAGAUCUUGGCAAGAUAAUAUGUCGACUAAAGAUUAAGCAAGUGUGGGCUUUCAUUAUUGAGUGCAACUA